AUGCCACUGAACCCAAUUCUGGAAGUUGAGAUCUUUGAUGUGUGGGGAAUAGACUUCAUGGGACCUUUCAAGCCUUCCUCAAACGGACACAACUACAUUCUGGUCGCCGUGGACUAUGUGUCCAAAUGGAUCGAAGCAAUCCCCUGCCCAACUUGUGAUGCUAAAGUUGUUAUCAAACUGUUCAGAACAAGGCUGGACGAAGCUCUUUGGGCCUAUAGAACAGCUUACAAAACCCCCAUUGGAAGAAUGAAUGCCUAUGAGAACUCCAUGAUCUAUAAGUUGAGAACAAAGGCAGCCCAUGACAAACUGAUUCGCCUUAAAGACUUCAAGGCUGGGGACAGUGUGCUCUUGUAUAACUCCAAGCUAAGGUUGUUUCCCGGGAAGCUGAGGUCAAAGUGGGCGGGACCAUUCAAGAUUCACGAAGUUUUACCCUAUGGGUCCCUCACUUUACUCAAUCAAGAGGGGAAGGAAUUCACAGUGAAUGGACAUAGAUGCAAGCCAUAUCUAGGAAUGACCCCCACAGAGGAGAUCAUCACUCCUCUAGAAGAUCCAACCCCGGCCUAA